AUGGACGACAGCCAGAACAAACCUUCAAAGCGUAGGGCGGUAAUUAUCGGCGCCGGUCCUGUGGGAUGCCUCACGGCGAUCUCAUUCGCGAAAACGCUGGGAUGGGAUGUAGAGCUUUAUGAAGCUCGCCAAGAUAUUCGCCUCCCAGCCGCAAAAGCCACGGCUCAGCAAAGGUCGAUCAACCUUGCGAUAUCGUCUCGGGGCUUAGCCGCUUUGCAGACCAUCGACCCCGCGGCGACCAGCCGAUUCCUGGAGACGGUUGUCCCCAUGCGAGGAAGAAUGAUCCAUGACCUGUACGGGAACCAAGAUAGCCAAUCAUACGACCCUAAUGGACAGUGCAUUAAUUCGAUAGAUCGUGCGCUCUUAAAUGAGGGGCUCUUGAACGAAGCCCUGUCCCAGCCGAACAUCCGCAUUUUCUUCCGACACAAAGUGCAAUCGGUGGACUUUGACAAACGGGGCAUGAUCGUUCAUGACGAGGAUGGAGACAAGAGCGUGUCUGUGAACUUCGACCUUUGUGUCGGGACUGAUGGGACUUAUUCCAUCAUCAGGCGUCAGAUGAUGAGAGUUGUACGGAUGGACUACCAGCAACAAUACCUUCCUCACGAAUAUCUUGAGCUGAAAAUGCCGGCUGGACUAGACGUUGAAGGGAAACCGAAGUUUCUCCUCGAUCCAAAUCAUUUACAUAUAUGGCCGCGGCACUCUUUCAUGCUCAUCGCCCUCCCUAAUCAAGAUAUGACAUUUACUUGCACACUCUUUGCCCCGAUGAAUGACUUCGAGACGUUAACCACGGAAGAAAAUAUUGUCAGCUGGUUUGGCGCGCACUUCCCAGACGCCUUGUCUCUCAUUGGGACCGAAUCAUUGCUGGAACAAUUUGCGCGGAAUCCACGCAGCUCCCUCAUGACUCUGAAGGCGAGCUAUCCAUUCAUCAUCGCUCGCCUCAUCAUUGUCUCAAUUCUACAGGCCAAUCCGUACCACUACAAGGACAGGGCUGUCAUCCUCGGCGAUGCCGCCCAUUCGAUGGUUCCUUUUUACGGCCAAGGCCUGAACUGUGGACUCGAAGAUGUUAGGGUACUCACGAUUCUCUUGCAAGAAGCACAAGUCGAGUCGACGUUCAUUUCUGACGCCAGCGACGACCCCCGGCUCGCGGCUGCACUUUCUCGAUAUUCAGAGACCCGCCAUGAAGAUCUCGAUGCUAUUAGUGACCUCGCCAUGAAUAACUUCGUCGAGAUGCGGCAUCUGGUGACCACCCCUGUAUUCCUUCUGCGCAAAGCGGUAGACAACUUUCUGUUCUCUCUGAGCUCUCACAGUCCGGUCACUUGGGCCUCUUUGUCGCCAGUCUUGUCUCGCAUUCCGUUCCCCACCUCGCGCCCCGGUGGCUGGCUUCCCCUCUACACGAUGGUCACGUUCCGGCCGGAUAUUAGCUAUGCUACGGCAAGAAAAAAGGCGGAACGACAGUCUCAGCUGUUAACCAAUGCUGGCGUCCUCGGAUCGUUGACAUUGGGCGCAGCAAGCUUAUUCGCGGGCUGGAUGGCGUUAUAUCAUCGCACGCGGGGUCAUUAG